UAAGCUUGACUUAAACAAAAACUGAUUUAUAGUUAUUGAUAAAGUUGUAUUUUUCAUAAAAUGUAGAACUUAUUCAUAGUUAUAUAGAUUAUUCUUCUUACAGUAACUUUGGUAACAGGGUUGAUGAAUGGGGUUGAAUCAACACUGUACAGUUUAUUUAAAAACUCAGACAAUGGAUUGAGAUUAUUUCCUUGUAAAAUUAUUUCCUCAAUGUAAAAGUUGGUGUCGAUAUGUCAAUAAUUGUGUCAUUCAUCAAAAUAUUGCAUAGUUUUCACUGAUUUGUCUAUAAUGUUUUAAAUAUAAUAACUGUUUCAGGGACAUAUAGUAAAUAUAUAAAAAGGCAUCAAAGUGAUCAGUAUAUUUCAUAGCAGUCGUCUACUUCAGUACAUGAAGGUUCACUUUUAUGUUCUUUCACUUCAUAAUCCUCAUUUUGAAUCACUUUAAUAUACUAAAAAUUAACUUUUUUUGUGAUUUCAGAGCUGAUGGAAGUGAAGGAGGAGAGUGAAGAACUGACUGAAGUGGAGGAGGAACAUCAUGACAAACCUGGAGAAAAACCUUUGAGUCGCUCAAAGACUAAAAAGACAUUUCUAAUGAAAAGAGACAAGAAAUCUUUCACCUGCACUCAGUGUGGAAAGAGUUUAUCAACCAAACAACAUCUUAAGGAUCACAUGAGAGUUCAUACAGGAGAGAAGCCGUUCACAUGUGAUCAAUGUGGGAAGAGUUUCUCACAAAAAGGACAUCUUAAAGAACACAUGAAAGUUCACACUGGAGAGAAGCCGUUCACAUGUGAUCAAUGUGGGAAGAGUUUUACAACAAAACGAAGUCUUGAGAUUCACAUGAGAGUUCAUACCGGAGAGAAGCAGUUUGCAUGUAAUGAAUGCGGCAAAACAUUUCUUUGGGGAUCAAACCUGAAGAGACACCAGAGAGUUCAUACAAAGGAGAAGCCACAUUCAUGUUCUGUGUGUGGAAAGAGUUUUUCACAGCUGUAUUACUUAUAUCAACAUGAGAAAACACACACUGGUGUGAGAGAGUACAUGUGCUUUGAAUGUGAGAAGACUUUUAUUACAGCAAGAUGUUUAAUACAGCACCAGAGAAUUCACACUGGAGAGAAACCUUACAAGUGUUCACACUGUGACAAGAGAUUCAGUGAUUCAUCAAAUCUGAAAACACACGAGAGGAUCCACAGCAGAGAGAAGCCGCACACGUGUGAUCAGUGUGGAAAGAGUUUCUCUUUUAAAAAACACCUGAAGAUACACAUUAAGAUCCAUGCAGUGGAGAAAACACAUUACCACAGUCUGAAAUCACAAUAAGUAGUUCAUCUUUAUGUGCUGAGCAACAAAGUAGUUUCCUUAAAGCCACAAUAAGCGGCAAGACGGUUUGGUGGUUGCUUAAAAUCUGAAUCUUCUCCUGAAACUACAACAGAACAAUCAAAUCACUGUUAAAACAGACUGUAUGAAUUCUUCCCUUAAGGUCAUUGUGACAAACUAGUGACUUACACUUAGUGAACAAACUGCCAUGUUCCUAUUAUUGUCAUUUACAACAUAACAAUAAAACAACCUACAACUGACUAUUAACUUGUUGCUCCUCUUCAUUUGUUCCAUGAUAAAUCUCCCACCAUUUCCCAUCAUCAUUCCUUUGAUCUUCUGUAGUAGUUCUUGUACCUGAAUGUCUGAAUUACUCUUGAUAUUGAAACAGUAAAA